CUGGCCAUAUCAAACUCCUGUCAGGCAUUUUGUUACCAGCCUACUCCGAUUCGCUAGCCAUUGUUGCCUGGUGUCGGUUCCACUUCGGAAAUUAGCCUAGACUCUAGAUAGGGCUAAGUAUAUUUGCAAUUUUGCACUUUCGUUCCUCCACUUUGAACCUCUUUCAAAGCACAAAUUUUGUAACCAUUCAAUCUUUUAUUGCGAACUCCUCAAACGUGCUAUUCCUUCACAGGCUGCUUAUAUCUCGCCGUAAGCAGCCUGCGCUUCCACACGCAAAAAGGCUUAAACGAGGUCUACUCAAAGUAGAGCAUCGUGGUUGACAAUACCACCAGCAACAAGCACCACCACACUGCGCGUCAGUUCCAGCGAACGAAACACGAUCCACGCCGACAGAGAAUCCCAAAUUUGUUUCUGAUACAAAGACAAAGAAAGGUCCUUCCAAAAGGGUUCAACGAUUUUGCAUUCUGCAAAAGUUCAGAUUGGUAAUGAAGCCUGCCCAACUGACCGACCGACCGCGUUUACUUCAGAAAUUCUGACUGAGGACACAGUAGGGUACUCGAAAUUGCACGUUGUAUUUGGACAAUUUAAUAAAGGUUAGUUACUUGCCAUCUGUUUUCUUCUCAGCAGUUAUCACCCUUAUCUUCACUCUUUGGUUUUCCAAUGCCCAUUUCAGUCGAAGUUCCGACGUGAUCAAGGACCUCUACUGGUGGUCAUCUCUGAUUGCUGGCAAGCGGGCCCUACGCGUGUCUAAUUCACCAUUGGGCAGCCAAGUGGCGACGCGUUUCCCGCAGAAUGCAUUUCCGCGAAUAUCACCUCGACCCACUGUCGAGCGAACCAUUCUAUCAACUCCACCAUCCCAUUGCAACAACAACAAUAACCCUCGUCCGAGUCGACCCUCCACCAGAGGAGAGCGACAAAAUGGAGCCCUCGUACAAGAGCAGAACGAUUGGUUCGGAUCUCCUUACCAGCAAAUGCGCAGACCUCAUUGAGAUGCGGGAGGACAACAAUCCAGAAGACGCCGCCGAAAUAGCACUACUAUUAAGCGAAGUCCGCAAGGAAUGGACCAAAUGUCUGAACAAAGUUUUCCGCCAAUUCUUGGAGUCUCUGCGAUGUCGGCUAUGCUGCAUCGAACCAAUGCCUCUUCACGUCGUUCUUCAAUUCGAGCGAGAAUACUCUCUAAGAUUCAGCGCGACCUUGAAUGCCAUGAGGGGAGUGGUCAAGCAUCCUGAAAAGAUGAUAGAUGGAAUUGGUCCGGACGAUCAGGUCUGGGAAAUGUUGCACGGAAUAAAGGUCGAAUGGUGGCAGCAUCAUCUUGCAGACCGACACAGAGGUGAGCUCAUCUAAGGAUUUUAACUUGAAGUUCUUAAGAAGACUAAUAUGUUUCAUUCAAAGCACCCAAUCUUGCAAACCACAAUGGCAUCCCUCAGCAUCACGUAAGUCAAUACAAACAUUGAAUAAUUGAGGGAUCGAGGUUGACCCGGUUACAGCUCAUCCCAUCGACACCAGUCGUCUUAUGGCGCCAUCAAAGCUUUAUCUUUCCACCCGCUCCUGAUGUUGUGAAAAUGAAGCGAGACUGGCUAGCAAAGAUUCAAAGUUUGUAUCCUAACUUCUUGAAACCUCGAACAGGACCCCAAACAAAACCUGCUGCCUCGAAACAAAAUACGCUCGGAAUGAAGGAAGGACAACUCCCGACGGAAGGCUGCUCGCAACCCGAGAAACAAGACUCUGUAGCCAGCUUAGUCCAUCAUUCCCCGGAAUUGACCGACCGCUCCCACCCCUCACAAGCAUCGAAGGCUUCAUACCCGACAUUGCAUUCACCUGUAUUCUCCCAAGAUGCUUCGGAUUCUGAAGAACCAACGGAGCCUUCGGGUCCAAUUCCAGUGGUUCCACCUCCUCAGUCUAAUGAAGACCAUCCAAGCAGCAAGGGUGCCACUGAUUUGAGAACGAAAUCAAUACAAGCACCUGGAAGUCAAUCGGAGGCAGCACCGAAUACGCAAUCUACCGCAGUUAUUAGAGAUGAAGCACCUCUAGCUUCCCAAGAGGCAGCGGAGUCUCUAAGCUCUUAUUCGCCAUAUCGAACUUAUGCUCUAUUAGAGAACCCAUACAGACGACCCGGAGGUCCUUCGGGGUUGCUACCAAAUCCAUAUGCAAGAUUAUCACGUCAAUUUGAACAAGUUUCGACCAACCGACUAAUUAGUAUGAGCAUAGGUCCCAACCUGGAACUCCCCUCGGCAUCGGAUGAGAAGGAACAAGACCAAUCUGGAAGCCCAAGUAAACAUACGCCAGGAAUUGCUACUCAACCGAAGGAGCCUGAGAGAACAUCCGUUAAAACAACAACUACCAACAAUCGCAACGUGGCCAUCGAAUCUCCGUCGCUUGCUCUGAGCACAAAAAACACAGCAACUGCCCCAACACAAGCCAAAACACAGGCUCCAGUAGCACACAAGUCCCAACGAUUGGAUCCCCAAAAAGAGAUAACCAGUCCAGGUGCAGCAAUUUCAAAUUCAGCACGUCGCCAAGAAAUCUCAAGCAACAAAUCCUUUGGCACCAGCAUGGCGAAGUCCAGUGGUCAACCCCCAGAGAACAUAGGAGAAAAGCUCAAAGAUAAUCAAAGUGCUAGCAACGAAUCUGGCAUUGGUCAAACUGCUAUCAAUCAAGCGGAGGGCAACCGACCCGCCACUAGAGCUAGUACCAACAAAGCCGCCAACAAUCAAGCUGCCACUGAUCUAGGUGGUAUCAGUCGAUCUGCCACCGAUUCAGCUGGUAUCGAGCAACCUGCCUCCAAGGGAUCUGUCACCAAACGAAGACUCAAUCCAGCAGCCCUAGAUCGCGACAGUAUGAUCAAGGCGGUAUUCAAAGAUCGCAUUGAACCCCCAUUACCUCCAUCCUCGAUUUCCGAUAUGGGAGAGGCUGAGGAUACGGACGGCCCACUCAAGAAGAAACAACGUGAGGAGGUCAUCAAGCCAUUUGAACCUGAAAAGUAUGGUAUUAGUUUCACCCCAAUGUCGAAGGCAGACCGUGCCAGAUUUGCGUACCUUAUCGACCCCCCAAAGAAACCAGCACCACCCGAAGUACGAAGUGAUCCACCAAAGAACAGAGCUGCUAAGGAGGGAAGCAUGGGAGGAAGCGUGGGAGGAUUGAAACAAUCGGUCGAGGGAGGCGAUUCGGCAACGGGACCAGACGAGGGCAUGCAUACGUUCGUGAAGUUGGAAGAAGCGGAAGAACGUCGCGACCCUACUAUCGGACUCGCCGCCGGGGAUGUAUCAAAGGACGUUGUAGAAGGUGGUAAAGUCAAAGUCGAAUCGGAUGACCAAGGUUCCUCGACGAACGUAACAAGCACUGAACACCGAAACAAAAUCGAAGAUUUUGACGCUCCAUUCGGAAAGAAAUGA